AUGUCCAGCCCAAAGGGGGAGACCCGGGAGUCAGUUGCACAGAAAAACACACUGACCAAGUAUGAGACCAAGAAACUCUUACUGAAAUACAGAAAAGAGCGAGACGAAGCGUCGAGGAAAGGAGAAGUGAAUCGAAAUAAAUUGCAUGUGAUCCAGACAUCGAUGGGAUCGCAGAUCCGUGAAUUGAAGGAGAAGAUCAAAGCGCUGAACUCUGAGAACAAGGAUUUGCACAAAACCAUCAAGAAACUCCGACCGGAGUUGCAAUUGGACACCAACCCCAAGCUGAGGAGCAAACUGACCAAGGAGGUGGUGAAAGAACUGAGGGAGAGGGCGGAACGAUGUAAGAACCUGCAGCAAGAAAACGCCAGGUUAAAUCAGGAAAUAGACAAUUUGACUUCGGUGCUGGCGCAAGCGGAGAAUGUCAGGAAGGUGUUAGAAGACCGACUCUUAGCAGCCCAGAGUCAGGUGAGAAGUUUGAGCAACGAACAUGACCGCGUGGUAAAACUGUGGGAAGAAGCCAAGAUUCAGAGAGAGCAAACUCUGCAAAUUAACCGCCUCUUCAGACAGUCCCUCUUCAGUAAGCAGCAUUGCCACCAGACCUUGGAUAAAUGCGUUCAGACCAUCGCCUCCAUCCCCAUCUAUAGGCGCUUUCACAUGAGAAAACUCGAGGGGACGGUCAAGCAGCAGGAGAUUCACUGGGAAACGGAGAAAGUGAAGCAAAGGUUUGUAGAUCAGGCGCCGGUGACUCCCAAAGAGAGACGAGGCAACGCUUCAAACAAAGCAUCGACUACAAUCUACAGAAUUUCCCCACACUGA